AAUCCCGGGCAGCUGCCGUGGGAGCCCGCUUGCCUCUUCUCUCCUCUCCUCUCCUCCGCUCGCCUCUGCUCCUCGCCUCGCGGGCCGCCGAGGCGAGCCAAGCCAGCCCUGCGUGUGUGUGCAUGCGUGGGCGGGGGGGCUGCCGCAUGGAUUUAGCGAAGGCUGGGAGGGAACACAUGGGUUGGGUUUUUUUUUUUCUUGGCCUGCGGUGGCUGUCCGUCCUGCCGGCCGCGGUUAUGGAUUCGAUCAUUAUUCAGGAGCGGUUAGUGGAGAGGCUGCUUUCCCCCCGGACGCAGGCACAGCGAAGCCACCCAGCCAAGCUGAAGGACCAUGAGAAGCAGUACGUGGGCUUUGCCACUCUACCGAACCAGGUCCACCGGAAAUCUGUGAAGAAAGGUUUCGAUUUCACCCUGAUGGUUGCAGGAGAGUCAGGUCUGGGCAAAUCCACGCUCGUGAACAGCCUGUUCCUGACGGAUCUCUACAAAGACAGAAAGCUCCUCAAUGCAGAGGAGAGAAUCAACCAGACAGUGGAGAUUGUGAAGCAUACAGUGGACAUUGAGGAGAAGGGCGUCAAGCUGAAGCUGACCAUAGUGGACACACCAGGCUUUGGAGAUGCUGUUAACAACACUGAGUGCUGGAAGCCCAUCACUGACUACAUCGACCAGCAGUUUGAACAGUAUUUCCGUGAUGAGAGCGGCCUGAACAGGAAGAACAUCCAGGACAACCGAGUGCAUUGCUGCCUCUACUUCAUCUCGCCCUUCGGGCACGGGCUGAGGCCUGUGGAUGUCGAGUUCAUGAAGGCUCUGCAUGAGAAGGUCAACAUUGUGCCGCUCAUUGCCAAAGCUGACUGCCUGAUCCCCUCUGAGAUCCGGAAGCUAAAAGAGAGGAUCCGGGAAGAGAUUGACAAAUUUGGCAUUAAAGUAUAUCAGUUUCCUGAGUGUGACUCUGACGAAGAUGAGGAGUUCAAGCAGCAAGAUAGAGAGCUGAAGGAGAGUGCUCCCUUUGCUGUCAUCGGCAGUAACACAGUGGUGGAGGCAAAAGGCCAGCGAGUCCGUGGACGGCUGUACCCGUGGGGCAUUGUGGAAGUGGAAAAUCAGGCGCACUGUGACUUUGUGAAGCUGCGGAACAUGCUGAUUCGGACACACAUGCACGACCUGAAGGAUGUCACUUGUGAUGUCCAUUAUGAGAACUACCGAGCUCAGUGCAUCCAGCAAAUGACCAGCAAGCUGACUCAGGACAACAGGAUAGAAAGCCCAAUUCCUAUCCUGCCUCUCCCAACACCGGACACUGAGACAGAGAAGCUGAUCAAAAUGAAGGACGAGGAGCUACGGCGGAUGCAAGAAAUGCUGCAGAAGAUGCAGCAGCAGAUGCAGGAUCAGUGAGAUGCAGGUACUUGGAGGGCAAAGGGAAUCCCUCAGCGACCAACCGAAGUCUGGCAAGAGCUGUGGACGUUUAAAAAGAGGUUUCCCAUUGUAUAAAGACUUGUGGGCAAGAGCUGCACCCGCACCCUCUAAUUUAUUAGCAGCAAUGCUGGCUUUGCGGUCAGCUGGGUUGUGGAGAAGGCUGUUCACUUAACUGUUUACUGAUGUGUAUUUCUUUUUUUAUUAUUCUUUCUUUUCUUUUUUUCUCGUUUUGUUUUUUUUUUUUUCAAAAGGAACUAGCCUGGGAAGUCUCUUAAGGCAUCUUAAAAAGGGGAAAAAAAAGAAAAGAAACAGAUCUCCGUUUCCCAUGUACUAAUCUCUUGUUUGGGAAUGCUCUGGUAUUUAAAGUCCUGGUUUCUCUGGUGUACGAACUUGAAGAAUAUCUGUGUCGAUGCACGUAGAUGUUUACUCCCACCUGAGGUGCUGUGCCCCCUUCCCCACUCCCCUUGUCCAGGGCCAGCACAAGUGUUGUAAAGGCAGAUCUUCCUUCCUGGGAGUUCAACCUGCGCUGCCAGGGGCCACCUCUGGACCAGAGAGCAGGGACUGGGGGGUUCUCUGUGCACUGACCUGCCCAGGGGGCCUGCUGGUUGUCUGGUUUCCUGCCUGGGUUAUCUGGUUUGCCUUCAGUUGGUUGGAUGGCCGGGUUUGUUUUUCCUACGAACUCCAGAACUUUGCACUGAGUGGCAAGGAACUGAGUCUGUCAAGGGGCUGGUUAGAAUAAAACAGCUUCCACUGCCCUCGGUUGUGUCUUUCUGGCAGAGAGGAUGAGUUACUGAGGAUUACCAGCAAUGAUGGGAGCGAACACCUCCCCAGCCUGCCAGCCGUGCUCUCCUCCCAUGGCAGGCUGGAGGGGCUGACAGAAGCACUACAGCAGGGCGCUGCAGUGGCUGGGUGAGGCUAUCUCAUGGUUUAGCUCUGGUCACUCUGAGCUUCUCCUGAGGAAAGGGGCAGUUUCUGAAGGCUCGUACCAGAGGUCUGCAAGCUGCCUGGCCAGGCAGACCACUGCAGGGAGCCAGGGGUGGCAGGGGGCCGUGGAGAGCUGCUGUGGGUCAGUGUGGCAGGUACAGGAGUGUCACUGCACUGGGCUGAGCACAGCCCAGCAGACUUGGCGCUUCCUACCCUGCCCUUCCCCUGAGACUCAGCCCUUCUCCCCCUCCCCAGCCCCGCUCUCUUCCUGUCUCAGUGCUGGGAAAGCUGGUGGAUCUGCUGGGCAGAGAUAAGAGCGCUUUUUUGGUAGCAGCUUCUGUCCUGUUUCUGCUUCCUGCAGUAUUUUUAACUUCCAGUCCAGCCAGAGGAGAGCCCUGGAGUGUGAUGUGCCUGACAGGGCAGGACUCACCAGCAACGCUGCCGUGUGUGCAGAGAAUCAAGGGCUGCUGGAGUGAGAGACAUUUGGCUCUUCCCUCCAACUCCAGGGAGCGCUGCCAUGGGCUGGACCCUUCUGUUCCUUUGGCUGCCAGCCUGAUUUCCCUGUCUCCCUUCCCUGUUUGUAUCAGCUCCUCCAUCUCAGGCUUUCCCCAGCAGACCUCCCUGGGCAGGAGGCAGCAUUGGCCAGGAAUAGCCAAGCCCCGUAACUGUUGUUAGGUGCUGCGUUUAUCUGAUUCCCCCUGUGGGGCUUUAGAGCCCUGAUCAGGGCUUGUCUAGGAGGUGCAGAGGCUGGCAGGUUCAGGUUAUUCUCUGUACAGAACCUCUGUUCAACUAGAACAUGGGCUGUAGGGGCAGGGGAGACACCCUGACACAGUGUGGAAAGACAAAGCAAGGGUGAAAGCCCACUGACAGAAAUGUGCAAGCUGGGCAAGAGCAGCGUCCAAGGCAAACCUCUCCUAAGUGCCCUUCUGCUGCCUCAGAGGGGUGAGAAGUGGAGCAGGGGCACUGGGGAUGAGCUCAGCAGGGCAAGGGUGAAGGCAGCUAUUCUGUCCCAACAUUUUUUUUUUCCUUCUCCCCUGUAUCAGGCUCAUAAGUGACAUUUGACAGUGCCAGCCUAGGAGAAGGAAAGGGCUCAGCCUGUCUUCAGUAACAUGCCAGGGUCAGGUGCUUAAGGAGGAAAUACAGCCUUUCUUUCUGCAAUGCGCUUGCCUCAGCGACAGAGUAACCUGAGGUAGGAGCUUCCUCCAGGUUUCCUAGAGCUGCUUUGCUGCUGUUGGAAGCAGGAGGACUGCUGAGUUCUCAACUUUAUCCGUGGUAGUGUAACUGGAAACAGCUUGCAGUACCUGUCCCCUCUCUUUUCUUACAUGAGUUUUGUCUGUUAGGAGGAUGUUCUGUUGCAGAUGAGCACUAUUCAGGUAAAGAUGUUCCUCUUUCAAACAGAUUAACUCUCAGAAAAAAAAGCAGACCUUUACCCUUUAGCAUGGACAUAAGAGGGCAGACAGCUUUUAUCCUGUGCUGCGUGCUGGUGAGAGCACAGGGUACUCUGGUCGCAGGCAGGCAGGAUUGCUGAGUGUGUAUCUGCCUUGUCCUUCUGGGUGAGGAAGUCUCCAUCAGCUCAGUGCACAUGGCUUCUAGAUCAAGUUGAUAGCGUCAGCUCUGUUCUUUACAGAGCUGAAGUCUUCAACUACCAGCUGCAGAAGAUGGCUUGAGCUGCACUUAUUCAAAAUGCAUAGGAGUGAGGCACUAGAGACACAACUUCUACAGAGGGGCAGGGGUACUGUUGAAAUGCACAUCCCUAUGUCAGAGGUUCCCUGCCCAGAGCAUCAGAGUUGGGGGGCUGCCUGGCAAGGGAUUAGGGACUGACUUUUUGGGGCACUAGGGAUCCAGACUCUGGCCUGGAAGGUGACAACAGUUUAUAAAAGGAUGAAUGUUUUGUAUUGUUGCAUCGAGCUGCACAGUAAGCCAAGAAGAGACUCCCGAACAAAUGCAGCUCAGCCAUUUGGCUUUGGCAGUGAGAAGUGGGGAUAGGAAGGUAGUCUAACACCUCCCCUCACACAAACCCUCCGCAGUCUCAUGUGCGACCCCUGCGCUCCCAGGCCCAUUCCCACGCCUCUGCCAAGCUUUGCCCUGCCGAGCUAGUCACUGCAGGGGCUGCGUCCCGCUCCGCAGAGCUGUCUGUCCUGGGCUGCAGCUGGGGUUGUUGGUACGUCUCAGACCUUGUGCCUGACUAGGGAGGGAGCUGUGGCAUGAACUCCUUUGUGCUGCUGCUGUGCUGGUCCUGCCUGUGUGGAGCUUCCUGCUGCCUCCCCGCAUGCCUCCCCCCAGAGAAGGAGGGGGUCCCAUGUUUCGUGCUGUGCAAUGGUGUUCCCUGCUCUUCCUCACAACCCCAGCUGCGCUUUAACACUGGCUUGCUCCUACCAUGUGACUUCCUCACCCCCAACUCCAUUCCUAAGCUCUCUGUUUCCCGUCUGUCUGUUGGGUUAUUAUAUUUUUUUUUGUAAAUUUCUGUUUGAACAUUUUGUCAUUGUGAACAAAGAAAAAUGAAACCUUUUAAAACAUAUCCAUUUUAUUAAAUGAUUAUUAUUGUUAUUAUUAUUAAUAAUGUUUACUACCUGAAUUGAUCAGUGAAAUAAAUACAUUCAAAAAACCAA